AAAAAUACAGAACUGAAGACAGACUUGGAGAAGCGCUCGGUUACAGACAGCGAAACUUGGGGCAGUACUGAAGAACUGAAGAAACCAGAAGAAGACUUUGACAGCAGCAUAGACAGCAGUGGCAAGUGGAAAGGCCUUCCCUCGGGACUGUCUGAAGAGUCAGAGAAGGGGGGACAGAAAGCAUCUCUCCCUGUUUCACAGACCGGAUCCUGGAGGAGAGGCAUGACUGCACAAGUAGGAACAACUCAGUCCAGGCACAAAGCAGGAACAAGUGCGCUCAAGACCCCGGGAAAAACAGAUGAUGCAAAAGCUUCAGAAAAAGUGAAAACUCCUCUGAAAGGAGCCUCCAUUCAGCGCUCUCCAUCGGAUGCAGGAAAAAGUAGUGGUGAUGAAGGAAAAAAGCCUCCCUCUGGCAUUGGGAGGUCAACAGCUACAGGAUCCUUUGGAUUCAAGAAGUCUGGGAUGGGAUCUUCUACCAUAAUUACCACAAGCGGAGCAACUAUCACAAGCGGGUCAGCAACUCUAGGAAAAAUGCCAAAAUCUUCAGCCAUCAGCGGGAAGUCCAAUGCAGGGCGAAAAACAAGCUUGGACGGUUCUCAGAACCAGGAUGAUGCUGUCUUGCACAUGAACUCGAAGACGACUCUGCAGUAUCGAAGUUUGCCUCGCCCAUCAAAAUCCAGUGGCAGUGGGAUCCCAGGCAGGGGUGGCCACCGCUCCAGCACCAGCAGCAUCGACUCCAAUGUUAGCAGCAAGUCUGCAGGUGCUGCUGCCACCAAACUGCGAGAGCCAAGCAAGAUUGGCUCCGGGAGGUCCAGCCCCGUCACCAUCAACCAGACGGACAAGGAAAAAGAGAAAGUGGCUGUAUCCGAUUCUGAGAGCGUCUCGUUGUCCAGUUCCCCCAAAUCCAGCCCAACUUCGGCGAGUGCCUCUGGAACGCCGGGACUUAGGCAACCAGGAUCCAAAUACCCAGAUAUCGCCUCACCCACCUUUCGCAGGUUGUUUGGUGCCAAGGCAAGUGGUAAAGCUGCCUCUGCACCCAGUACUGAAGGUGUGAAACCCACAACGGCAAUGCCCAGCCCUAGUACCACAUUGGCACGGCAAGGCAGCCUGGAAUCGCCAUCCUCGGGCACAGGCAGCAUGGGCAGUGCAGGUGGGCAAAGUGGUAGCAGCAGCCCCCUCUUCAGUAAACCUUCGGACUUAAAUGCAGAUGUUGUAAGCUUAAGUCAUUCCUUGGCUUCCAGUCCCGCCUCAGUGCACUCUUUCACAUCAGGUGGUCUUGUGUGGGCUGCAAACCUGAGCAGCUCUUCAGCGGGCAGUAAGGACACACCAAGUUACCAGUCCAUGACUAGCCUUCACACCAGUUCCGAGUCUAUUGACCUUCCUCUUAGCCAUCAUGGCUCUCUCUCUGGACUGACAACAAGCACUCAGGAGGUUCAGAGCCUGCUCAUGAGGACUGGAAGCGUCAGAUCUACUCUUUCGGAAAGCAUGCAGCUUGACAGAAAUACACUGCCCAAAAAGGGAUUAAGAUAUACUCCAUCAUCCCGGCAGACGAGUCAGGAGGAAGGCAAGGAAUGGCUACGCUCCCAUUCAACUGGAGGCUUGCAAGACACUGGCAGUCAGUCCCCACUUGUUUCUCCUUCAGCUAUGUCUUCAUCUGCAACUGGAAAAUAUCACUUUUCCAACCUGGUGAGUCCAACCAACCUAUCUCAGUUUAACCUUCCUGGACCCAGUAUGAUGCGUUCAAACAGCAUCCCUGCACAAGACACUUCUUUUGAUCUGUAUGAUGACUCCCAGCUGUGUGGCAGUGCUACAUCCUUAGAAGAAAGACCAAGAGCAAUUAGUCAUUCAGGUUCAUUCAGGGACAGCAUGGAAGAAGUACAUGGGUCCUCAUUAUCACUUGUCUCCAGCACAUCCUCCCUCUACUCUACAGCAGAAGAAAAGGCACAUUCAGAGCAAAUUCAGAAACUACGGAGAGAGCUGGUUGCAUCACAAGAGAAAGUUGCUACCCUUACAUCUCAGCUUUCAGCAAAUGCUCAUCUAGUAGCAGCUUUCGAAAAAAGCUUGGGAAAUAUGACUGGCCGAUUGCAAAGUCUAACAAUGACAGCUGAACAAAAGGAAUCUGAGCUUAUAGAGCUAAGGGAGACCAUUGAAAUGCUGAAAGCCCAAAAUUCUGCUGCACAAGCUGCUAUUCAAGGAGCCCUGAAUGGUCCAAAUCAUACCCACAAAGAUUUACGUAUAAGGCGGCAACAUUCUUCAGAAAGUGUUUCCAGUAUCAACAGUGCUGCAAGCCACUCAAGCAUUGGCAGUGGUAAUGAUGCUGACUCUAAGAAAAAGAAAAAGAAAAACUGGGUGAACUCUAGAGGAAGUGAGCUGAGAAGCUCUUUCAAACAGGCCUUUGGAAAGAAGAAGUCCACCAAGCCUCCUUCCUCACAUUCGGACAUAGAAGAGCUGACAGACUCCUCUCUUCCUUCAUCACCCAAAUUGCCCCACAGCUCAGGAGAGUGCGGGGCAACAUCCAUGAAACCAUCACAGUCAGCAUCUGCGUCAUCUCUAGUCUGGGCACCAAAGAAAAGGCAAAACGGUCACGUGGUCUACAAGCAUAGAUCCCGGAUCUGUGAGUGUACAGAGGCAGAAGCUGAAAUUAUUCUUCAGCUAAAGAGCGAGCUUAGGGAGAAAGAGCUAAAAUUAACGGACAUUCGUCUUGAAGCUCUCAGCUCUGCACACCAUCUGGAUCAGAUUCGGGAAGCCAUGAACCGCAUGCAGAAUGAAAUUGAGAUAUUGAAAGCUGAAAACGAUCGUUUAAAGGCAGAAACUGGAAAUACUGGAAAGCCUGCCCGGCCGUCAUCAGAGUCUUCAAGUAGCACAUCAUCUUCUUCAUCACGGCAGUCACUAGGACUUUCUCUGAACAAUUUAAACAUCACAGAAUCUGUUACAUCAG